AUGCUUGAGAGUCGCUCCUUUGGUGUUGUGAUUCUGGCCUUGGCCUCUGUGGCGGUGGCCACUCCGCUGAGCAACUCCUACUUGCCACCCAAGGUGGGUGCCACAAGUAGUUACAAUGCGGCAGCCUCUAGCUCCUCGGGUUCGUAUGCAACUGCUCCGGCGACUGCUUCCUAUGCCAGGAAAAGUCACUCGGUAGCUGCAGCUCCAGCUCCUUCCAGGCAGUAUCUGGCCCCAGCUGCCUCUCAGAAUACUUAUACCUCAUCGGGUGGCUCCUCGUACUCCUCGGCAUCUCAUGGAUCCUACUCGGCUCCGGCUGCAUCUCAUGGAUCGUACUCCUCGGGUGCAUCUCAUGGAUCCUACUCGGCUCCGGCUGCAUCUCACAGAUCCUACUCGGCUCCAGCUGCAUCCCAUGGAUCGUACUCCUCUGGUGUUUCCUCUAGCAGCAGCUAUGCUGCUCCUGCUGCUUCUCAUACCAGCUACUCGGCUCCUGUGGCUGCUCCUUCCAGGAAGUAUCUGGCCCCAGCUGCCGCUUCUCAUGGUAGUUACUCUGCUCCUGCUGCUUCCCACAAGAGCUAUGCUGCCCCAGCUCAUGGCUCGUACUCCUCAUCGGCUGGAGGUGCCUCCCAUGGAUCGUAUUCUGCCCCAGCUGCCUCUCAUACCAGCUACUCGGCACCUGUGGCCGCUCCUUCCAGGCAGUAUUUAGCUCCAGCUGCUUCCCAGAAUAGUUACAGUGCUGUCGGAGGAUCAUCCUAUUCCGCUCCAGCUGCCUCUCAUGGCUCUUACUCUGCCCCAAGUGUCUCCCACAGCUCGUACUCUGCCCCAGCUGCCUCCAGGAAGACCUAUGCCUCUCCAGCAGCCGUCUCUCAUGUGAGCUAUUCCGGCUCCAACCAUGGCUCCGGCUACGCUGCUAGCCAGGGCUCUAGCCAUGGCUAUGGAUCUGCAUCCGGUCAUGGUUCUCUCCAAGGAUCCGGCCUGCGAUCUGGCUACGGAUCAGGACACAAGUCCGGUGGAUAUGCUUCCAACGGCGGCUAUGAGUACCGCCUGAAGCACUAA